CGUCCCCCGGAGGGGAUCUUGGGGGUCCUGCGGAACCUCGCUGGGGGCUGAUCGCGCUCGGGCUGGGAGGCCCGCGGCUGCCCCACCUCCGGGCGGCACACGCGGGAGAGUAGGUACCCCGCACCUGGCACCUAGGCAACAGGAAAUGCUGGCCUGGCCCACGCAGACUGGGGCUGCGGCUGGUGGCUGGCAGGGACCGUGCACUGACUCUGGGCUCUGGUCUGGGACUUUAGGUUCGUCCAUUCGCGGGCACACUGAUGGCCAGAAGUGGGAGCCUUUAGCAGUCUGUCCCGAGGGGGAGGGGCAGGGGCAAGGCCUGUACUCUGUCCCCAGGACACUGCCUCUGAGCUGGACCCCUUGCAGGGAUAAACUUGGGGAUCUUCCACCCGGUGUUGUCCACCCUAGGCCACUAAGCUCAGCAGUCACCCCUCUCCUCAAACACCGCUUGGCUCCUUGCUACUUACUGGGCCUGUUUUCUUCUGUCCUCAAUGCAGAGGGUGGGAUGGGGGCUGGCAGGUGGAGGAUGUGUUUCCAAGUAGUUUUGCUGCCUCUACAGCAACACAGUAAGUAAUGUUACUUCCCUGUAAGAUAACAGAUGUGAAAGUGUGUUGAUUAAGCAGAGCUGGGCUCCCGCUGAUGUUAUCAGUGGUGGCUUUUAUCUUCAGGGCCCAGCAGGGGGAGGCCUGGGCACCACUGAGCCUGCCCUGCCAGCCAGCUAGGUCUGGGGUCAGGACACAGUUUUGGAUGCCAGGUGGAGUGUAGGUCUGGGCAUGGAAAAGUGAUGAGAAGCCGAAAGUUCUCUGAGAGAACUGCUUGGUUAAAAAAAAAAAAAGGAAUGAAGUUGGAGGGAGAUGCAAACAACUCCUCUUUGGCUAGAACUCCAAGAUCACAACGUUUUGAACUUGCUGGUUUCUGAAUAUAGAAAGCAUGCAGUGCUUUCAGAUCACUAGGCUUAAUUUUCUGGGAAAACCCAGUGGCUCAGGGCAGGUCAGCAGAUGGGAUUCUGAUGAAGAAAACGGUUCUCACCAUUUCCCCACCAGGGAAGUCCCCUGACCUUUGACUUUUUAUGUGUAAACAAAGCAGGUCUCUUACAUGCUGCAGGCCUACAAUUGCAGAGUAGGGGCACCAGGCCUCAUUGAAAUUCUGACUCUGUCAGGAGAUCCAUGUGUCCAGAGAAAGACUUCCUGAGCAUUUGGCCUAAUUCCCUCCCAUUCCUGCCACUCCCUUGUGCUGCUUGAGGCCUUACCUACUGACUAUGAUGGUUUGACCUGAUUUUGCACCUACUUUGUCCUUAAGAAGCCCUCAAGAGUCUCAAGCAUUCAGCAGAUGUUCCUGAGAACUUCUGGAGAGAUGGAUCGCACCGCCACCCUGCCCAUUGGAGGCCUCAGCUAUGUCCAGGGCCAUACCACAUUGCACCUUAUUAACAAGACUGUGGGGCAAUGCCUGGAUGCCACAGCACAGAGGGUCCCGGACCGAGAGGCCUUGGUUGUCCACCACGAAAACAUCAGGUUGACCUUUGCCCAGCUCAAGGAGGAGGUGGACAAAGCUGCUUCUGGGCUCCUGAGUACUGGCCUCUGCAAGGGUGACCGUCUGGGCAUGUGGGGACCCAACUCUUACGCAUGGGUACUCAUGCAGCUGGCCACGGCCCAGGCAGGCAUCAUUCUGGUGUCUGUGAACCCAGCCUACCAGGCUAUGGAGGUGGAGUAUGCCCUCAAGAAGGUGGGCUGCAAGGCCCUCGUGUUCCCCAGGCAAUUCAAGACCCAGCAUUACUACAGCAUCCUGAAGCAGAUCUGUCCAGAGGUGGAGAAGGCCCAGCCGGGGCGCUUGAAGAGUCAGAGGCUCCCAGAGCUGACCACAGUCAUCUCGGCGGACGCCCCUCUGCCAGGGACGCUGCUUCUGGAUGAGGUGGUGGCAGCUGGCAGUCAAGAGCAGAAUCUGGCCCGGCUCCGGCACACCCAGCAGCUCCUGUCCUGCCAUGACCCCAUCAACAUCCAGUUCACCUCGGGGACAACCGGCAGCCCCAAGGGGGCCACACUCUCCCACUACAACAUUGUCAACAACUCCAACAUGAUAGGAGAGCGCCUGAGACUGCACCAGAAGCCACCAGACAAGUCACGGGUGGUCCUGCCCAACCCCCUGUACCACUGCCUGGGUUCCGUGGGAGGCACAAUGGUGAGCUUGAUGCACGGGGUCACCCUCAUCCUGUCCUCUCCGGUCUUUGAUGGCAAGAAGGCGCUGGAGGCCAUCAGCAGAGAGAGAGGCUCCUUGCUGUACGGAACUCCCACAAUGUUCGUGGACAUUCUGAACCAACCAGACUUCUCAAGUUAUGACAUCUCAGCCAUGUGUGGAGGUGUGAUCGGUGGGUCCCCUGCAUCCUCAGAGCUGAUCCGAGCCAUCAUCAACAAGCUGAACAUGAAGGAACUGGUGGUGGUUUAUGGAUCCACAGAGAACAGUCCCGUGACCUUCAUGAACUUCACCGAGGACACUGUGGAGCAGAAGGCGGAAAGUGUGGGCAGGAUCAUGCCUCACACAGAGGCCCAGAUCGUGAACAUGGGGACGGGGACACUGGCAGAGCUGAACACACCUGGAGAGCUGUGCAUCCGAGGGUACUGCGUCAUGCUGGGCUACUGGGGUGAGCCCUGGAAGACCGAGGAAGCAACUGGACAGGACAAGUGGUACCGGACAGGAGACAUUGCCAUGAUGGACGAGCAGGGCUUCUGCAAGAUUCUGGGCCGCUCCAAGGAUAUGAUCAUCCGCGGCGGUGAGAACAUCUAUCCCGCUGAGCUCGAGAACUUCUUUCACACACACCCACAGGUGCAGGAAGUGCAGGUGGUAGGAGUGAAGGAUGAGCGGAUGGGGGAGGAAAUCUGUGCCUGCAUUCAGCUCAAGAAAGGGGAGAAGACCACAGCGGAGGAGAUCAAGGCUUUCUGCAAAGGGAAGAUCUCCCACUUCAAGAUUCCCCGAUACAUCGUGUUUGUCACAAACUACCCCCUCACCGUCUCAGGAAAGGUCCAGAAAUUCAAACUAAGAGAGCAGAUGGAACAACAUCUAAACCUGUGAAUAAAGGAGUGGGGAGGAUCCUUCCUCCCUGCCCUUCCCCCACAUUCCCCUUGUCGGCUCUGUGAUUUGGCAUAAAGAGCUUCUCUGUUUACUUUG